AUGGCAAUAAACCAGCCACCUCCUCUCCUGGCGAUGCUCUGGCGGUUCAAGCCAAGCGCUGCAAACCCUUCAUACUCUGUUGCUAGCGGCGCUGGUGAUGAAAUGCUGCAGUGUCUCGACUUUUUGCUUCGAGCUAAUGGCAGCUAUAACGAACUUCUUGAAUCCAACGACCAGUUCCAGGGAAUUAUGCAAAAAUAUCUGGAACUUCGUUUUGAGGGUGAAUACAGGCAAGCUCCUUUGAGGAACUUGGAAGAGGCGGGAUCAUAUGUCUCGUCCACUUCGUUCCUUCCACCGGCAAAGCUCACCGUACCACCUCCACUUGCUCCAGUUCCACCUCCACUUGCUCCACCUCGUCCUCCGAAGCUGAAACGGCCUUCUCCACCUACGACACUGACGCUUCCACUGGCGCCUCCACUUGCUCCACCUCGUCCUCCGAAGCUACCCCCUCCUCCUCCUUCUCCUCCACCUGCUCCACCUCGUCCUCCGAAGCUGAAACGGCCUUCUCCUUCUCCUCCACCUGCUCCACCUCGUCCUCCAAAACCACCUCGUCCUCCAAAGCCUACUCCGUCUCUUACACCUCCUCCACCUGAUGCUCCACCUCGUCCUCCGAAGCUGCCUCCACCUCCUGCUCCUCCACCUCGUCCUCCAAAUCCUCCACCUGCUCCUCCACUUCCUCCUCCAAAACCUCCACCU